AUGGCAGCAGUUCAGCCGAAACACCAAGUCAUUGAUAACUUCUUGCAACAACCCCAACAGCAAGUCGCAAAAUGGAAGAACAGUCCAGCCAGAGAACAGCUCAGAGCUGAUGUCAUCUCUGGAAAAGUCAAUGAUUCCAUGGAUCCAAGUGAUGUCCAUGCGAGCAGACUUGAAUAUCAGCAGUACGCACUCAGCAAUUUUACAGGGUAUUUGGAGACCAUGAUUAAAUCGAUCCUUGCAGAUUUUGAAAGGAUGGCCGUGGACUGUGAAGCAUACGGUCAUGACAUUGCAAUCAUCCACCAAAGGUGGGAGGACAAUGCACCCACAACACAGAGGCCUUGGCACAGAACAAUCUGCCCGAAAAAGCUGAAAGAAGAUGUUGAUACUGGAAAACAUUUGGUGAUCGACCGUGAUACUGGAAAGAAAAUCUCGGCCAAGAAGCUUCGUCAGUCGAGACACUGCUACAAGGAGUUCGAUCUCAAAGUUUUUCGCAAACAUCUUUAUCAAGAGAUUGACAAAAGGGGCAAAGUGGAUGUUCGCAUGUCAAAAAAGCGAUUUAGGAUCAAACCUCCACCUGAUGUUCAAUUUGAUGUUGUUGGCAAUGAACCUAAGCGUACGAAAACUACAGCAGUUGUCUAG